AUGGGAUCGUUGUACCGUUCCGAACUGAUGUCGCUGUGUCAGCUGUUCCUGCAGACUGACGCUGCCUUCAUUUCAGUAGCACAACUUGGUGAACUGGGCAUCGUACAGUUCAAAGAUGUGAGUUUUUAGUCAAAUCUGAUAUUAUAAUACACAAAAGAGCCUUAAAACGUUUUUUUUAUUAUAACAUCAGCUUUUCUUUGUACUAUAACAUCAUCGUACAACCAAGUGUUUCUUUUAAUUCUAUAAAGAUGAUUAUAGUAGAAUAUCGCCUUUACUGAAUAACGAUUUAACAUUAAAUUAAUGUAAUUUUAGUUGAACGAAAAAGUGUCUUCGUACAGUAAAAAGUUUGUAAACGAAGUACGACGAUGUGAUGAGAUGGAACGACAAACAAGUAAGCCACCUUUCACAACAAUAUAUAUUGAAUACAUCUAUGUACCACAAUAUGUAUGAACUAAUUACUUUGAAGUAGUAUACUGUAAUUAUUUUCAGAAGUAAUUGAAAGCGAUAUCUUAUCAGCCAACAUCUACAUUCCUGACGCCAGAGACAAAAUCCCGGCCCCACUACCUCGUGACAUGAACGAGCUUGAAGUAAAUUUACAUCUCUUUCAAUCCUAGUGGCUUAUGUUCCGUAUAUUCAAAGCACCUCAGAGAUAUUAUACUUCUACAUAAUUUUUAACCACAAAAAUUGUUCAACUGUUACUUAAUUAAAAACUUUCAGAGAAGCUUCGAAAAGUUGGGUGAAGAGCUAGCCCAAAUUAAAAACUCGACCAACAAUCUGAAGACGAACUAUCUUCGACUAGACAACAACAGGAAUGUCUUGAGGAAGGUCCAGAUUCUGUUAGACGAAGUAAGUCGAAAUAAUCUUCUAAAAUAAACCCCUUUUCUAAACAUUUCACUAAAUAAGCUCUUUUUAACCGUUUAAAGUCAAUUUAGUUACAAAAAAUAUUUAAAAAAUGCUAUAACUAAACUCCUUUGACCAAUAUAGAGAUUAAUUCAAACAUAGUAUUACCUUCGUUUAGGGCCAGAAGAACCAAGCUCGUCAGUCGAUCCUGGACGCUCAAGGACAUGGCCCAAUCUUGUCCAAUGGUCAUAUCGGUCAAGAGAUUUCAAGAGAAACCGGAGACCUCAAGUUGGUUUUUGAUUGCAAUUACAUACGUAAUAUAAACACAUUCAUAUAUAUAUUAACAUAAAUGAAAUGUGGGAUACAGUAGAUUUAAAAAAGUUACAGAUUCAUAGCUGGAGUGAUUCGCCGUGACCGUGUAGCCGCUUUCGAACGAGUUUUAUGGAGAAUGUGCCACGGUAAAGUGUACAUUAGAACAUUGGACGUAGAACCGGAAGAGAAUGCUCCAUUUGUAAGUGCAAUAACCUUACUAAUUAGUAUAGAAUAGCAAACUAACUUAUAACCUUAAGAAGUAAGCGAGUUCAUACCUUGUUAACAUACCAGCAAGAUAUCACACUACUUUAAGAAGGAAGACGUGAAGUACGCGGUGUUCUUGAUCUUCUUCUCCGGAGACAAACUGAGAGAAAAGGUACUCAAAGUCAGCGAUGGAUUCAAGGCCAUGGUGGUCGACAACUGUCCCGAUUCCUCUGAACAACGAAAGAAACUACUGGUCGAAACAGAAGUUAGACUUCAGGAUCUGAACACGGUAAUCUACAAGACUUUGGAACACAGAGAAAGAGUUCUACACGCAGCUGCUCUUAACAUCAGAACUUGGGAGAUCCAGGUAAGACUCUUCUGAUCAUUUUUGGUUUUUAGGUAAAAAAUUUGAAAAAAGCAUUAUUUUAGGUAACAAGUGUAAAAAAACAUAAUUUUAGGUAUUAAAACUAAAAGCUGUGUUCCACACUUUGAAUAAGUUCAAUAUUGACGUUACUGAAAAGUGUUUGAUCGCCGAAUGUUGGAUCCCGAACCAAGAUAUUCAACAUGUCAGGGCUUCCUUACAGUACGCUACGGUAAGUUAUCCAGAAAAUUUAAAAAAUACCACUCACAAUCUUAAAAACUAUGAAAAUAGGUAAAAGUACAAAAAACUCACGUUGUAGGACUUGAGCGGCUCCAGUGUAGCCUCCAUCUUGAACAUCGUAGAGACCGAAGAGACUCCGCCCACUUACCACAAGUUGAACAAGUUUACCAAAGUAUUCCAAGGCAUCGUAGACUCUUAUGGUAUCUGUAACUACCGAGAGAUCAACCCAGCUCCUUGGACGAUCAUCUCCUUCCCAUUCAUCUUCGCUGUCAUGUUCGGCGAUGUUGGUCACGGUAUGAUUAUGGCAUUGGGUGCCAUUAUGUUCAUCAUCUUCGAAAAGAAGAUUGAAGCAGCUAAAAUCAAAGAUGAGGUAAGUAUUUACAGAUUUAAAAUUUUUGUUUACUUUUAUUGAUUUAAGACAACGAAGUGUCAAAAUUGUUUUAUUUGGUCAAAAAAUAUUUUUUACAAAUUAUUGAAGUAAAAUUAAAUAAGACAUGAAUUUAGAUCUUCAACACCUUUUAUGGCGGGCGUUAUGUGAUCUUAUUGAUGGGAAUAUUCGCCAUCUACACUGGAUCCAUCUACAACGACAGUUUCUCUCGGUCGAUCAAUGCUUUUGGCAGUGGAUGGUCGAAUCCUCUCAGGUAAGAAAAGCAAUAUCUGCUUAUGCAAAGUUUAUGAAGUAUAAAGUAUACUUAUAGUAUAUUAAUAAAACUUAAUAUUUGUGUAUGAACUGUAACUUUAUAUUUCAGCAAAGACAAGAUUAGUCCUUUUCUCUUGAACAAAGUUAUUAAAAACGAAGAAACAUACGAGAUAGCACCAGAAACUUCUUUCCAAGGAGAACCUUACAUCUGGGGUGUGGAUCCCAUCUGGAAUGUGGCCGAGAACAAGCUCAACUUCUUGAAUCCCAUGAAGAUGAAAGGAUCUGUCAUUUUGGGUAUCUCUCAGAUGUUGUUUGGACUGGUUCUGUCUUUGCGCAACUAUCUGUAAGUUUAAAUGGAGAAAGUUUAAGUGAAAUUUUAAUUAAAAAUAACUUUUUUCUAGCUGAAUAUUGAUAUCUAAAACUAAUAUUUAUUUAUUUAUUUACUUUACAUUCUUCAAGCGUCUAUAAUUACAAUUCGAGAGAUAUAGAUUAGAUUAGUAGUUUGAUGCCGUAAAUUGUAACGUACUGUGCUGAUGUGCAAGGAUGUCCAAGGUUCAGAUGAAGACCAACGGAGCUAUCCUUGAGUCUGACGUUUCCCAUAAUUGGGCCUCUCCCCGAAAAUGUAAAACAUAUUUUUAGGCACCAGAAGUCGAUGAUCGACGUCCUUUUCGUGUUCAUCCCUCAGCUCUUGUUCCUUUCCCUCAUCUUCAUCUACUUGUGUAUCCAAAUCGUCAUUAAAUGGAUCUCCUUCCCAGCUACAGCAGCCAUGAUCUUCGGCCAAGUGUACCCGGGUUCCCACUGCGCUCCGUCUUUGUUGAUCGGGUUGAUUAACAUGUUCAUGAUGAAACAAUUAGGUCCCGGGUUCGUGACAAACACUGAACUUCUUCCAAAGGGCGUGGAUUACGACGAGUAUGCCCAAUGUUCUGUCAGACAAUGGUACCCAGGACAAGCUGUUCUGGAAUCCGUCUUCUUGGUGAUCGCUGUUAUCUGUAUCCCAAUCAUGUUGUUCGUCAAGCCUUUUCUGUUGAGGAGGAAGGUUCAGAAUGGAGAGAAGGUUGUAGCUCAUCACGGCGGAGGCGAUGACCAUGGAGAGUUCAACUUUGGGGAUGUUAUGGUCUAUCAAGCCAUUCAUACUAUCGAGUUUGCCUUGGGAUGCAUCUCUCAUACUGCUUCGUAUCUUCGAUUGUGGGCUUUGUCAUUGGCUCAUGCACGUAAGUUUUUCAUUACUCAACGCUAAUUUGACUGCAGUAUGCAUAAGGUUCAUAGAAAUAUAUUUACAGAGUUAUCCGAUGUUUUGUGGACCAUGUUGUUGAACAUGGGACUGACAACCGGUGGUAUUGUGGGUAUAGUAAUGACUGCCGUUAUCUUCUUCAUGUUCGCCGUGCUCUCAGUCUCAAUUCUGGUGUUAAUGGAAGGUCUCUCAGCCUUCUUACACGCUCUCCGGCUUCAUUGGGUAGAGUUCCAGAGUAAAUUCUACGGUGGUAAUGGCAUACCAUUCGAGCCCUUCUCUUUCCACCAUUUGAUUCGAGUACAUGAAGGCCUCGAAAACUAG